CUUAUUUUUGGGUAUUUUAAGUCUUAAUAAUAUCAUCUUCAAAUCCAAAUCUUAAAAAAACACUCUCUGUCUGAAAGUAAGAACUUCCUUUCUUGGGUUUUCAAGGAACUGAUCUCAGAUUUAUUCCUUAAAAAAAGUCCCAACUUUUCAACAUCACACACUUCCAUUACUUCCAAACAAAAACCCACUUCACCUAAAUCAUAAAGAUUCAACCUUUUUAGUUCAUUUUCACUGAAUCAAGCUGCUAACUUUGCUUUAAAUUCAGGUUGUUAUAGUUGUUCCAAGGAGCAUUUUCAGGUCGCAAGAUUUGCAAGUUUUGGGCAUUGAUCCAUUUCAAGAAGUGAAUUUGUUAAAGGUUUUGUUAUAUAAUUGGUAAGGAUUAGUUUUGUGGACUUGAGGAAGUGGUUGAGCUGGAGGAAUUGGAGCUUUGGGAUUGAUUAGGUUAGUGAUUAUUUAGAAUUUCGGUGUUGGGAUGGGCUGUGAGUGUUCUAAGCUCUCUGCCUGCUGUUGGACUUCUGAGUUUGAUGGAUCAAUUCCCGAGGGACUAAAUGAAGAAAAUGAGGAGAAGAAUGAAGUUGACGAUUUGCCCACAUUUCGUGAAUUCACCAUUGAGACGCUCAAGAUGGCAACAUCUGGGUUUGCUACGGAGAACAUAGUUUCUGAACAUGGAGAAAAGGCCCCCAAUGUUGUGUAUAAGGGGAAGCUUGAUAAUCAGAGGAGGAUUGCUGUAAAACGAUUUAAUAGAACCGCUUGGCCAGAUGCAAGACAGUUUUUGGAAGAAGCAAGAGCUGUUGGUCAGCUCCGGAACCACAGGCUAGCAAAUUUACUUGGAUGUUGCUGUGAAGGGGAUGAGAGGCUACUUGUUACAGAGUUUAUGCCCAAUGAUACAUUAGCAAAACACUUAUUUCAUUGGGAAACACAGCCGAUGAAGUGGGCGAUGCGACUUAGGGUGGCCUUACAUCUUGCACAAGCUCUAGAGUAUUGUACUAGCAAAGGACGAGCCCUUUAUCAUGAUUUGAAUGCUUAUAGAAUCGUCUUUGAUGAUGAGGGAAACCCUCGACUUUCUUGCUUUGGUCUGAUGAAGAACAGCAGAGAUGGGAAAAGUUAUAGUACAAACCUGGCAUUUACUCCUCCUGAGUAUCUGAGGACAGGGAGGGUAACCUCAGAAAGUGUAAUGUAUAGCUUUGGAACCUUAUUACUUGACCUUCUUAGCGGAAAACAUAUUCCUCCCAGCCAUGCACUGGACUUAAUAAGAGACAGGAAUAUUCAGAUGUUGACAGACUCGUGCUUGGAAGGCCAAUUUACAAAUGAUGAUGGCACUGAGUUGGUGCGGUUAGCCUCUCGAUGUUUGCAAUAUGAGCCCCGUGAGCGGCCAAAUCCAAAGUCAUUAGUUACUGCUCUCAUUCCUCUUCAGAAGGAUACUGAGGUCCCGUCUCAUGAAUUAAUGGGUAUACCCGAUGGUGCUGCAGCUAUAUCUCUGUCACCUCUUGGUGAGGCUGCCUCGAGAAUGGAUUUAACUGCCAUUCACGAGAUCUUAGAAAAACUUGGAUAUAAAGACGACGAAGGUGCAGCUACUGAGCUUUCAUUCCAAAUGUGGACCAAUCAGAUGCAGGAAACAUUAAACUCAAAGAAGAAGGGUGAUGUUGCUUUUCGGCAUAAAGAUUUUAAAGCUGCCAUUGAAUGUUAUUCUCAGUUUAUUGAAGUUGGAACCAUGGUUUCUCCAACUGUUUAUGCACGGCGAAGUCUGUCGUAUGUCAUAAGCGAAAUGCCACAAGAAGCUCUCAACGAUGCAUUGCAAGCCCAAGCAAUAUCCCCGGUUUGGCAUAUUGCAUCUUACCUACAAGCGGCAGCUCUUUUUGUAAUGGGAAGGGACAGCGAGGCACAAGCAGCUCUCCGAGAGGGGUCAACUCUCGAAAAGAAGAAGCCGACACAUGGUUGAUCAUAAAAAAUGGUGAUUCUCAAAAUAAAGCUCUAUUCUGAAGAUGACCACCAAGGAAAAAAAAAAGAAUACAAAGCUCACAAACCAUGGCGUUGAAUGGUCACUCUUCUUCUACAUGUAUGAUCUAUUGUCCUCUUGAAGAAUUCUUUAUUGGAAGGGUCGGUUUUUGUGAAAAUUUGCUGGGAAUUUGGCAUACUAAAGACACUGAAAUGCACAUAAUCAGCUUUGUUUAUGUUUGCUGACCUGAUCCAGAAUACACCAAUCUAGAGAAAAUAAUGGAAUAGAUGACAUGUUUGUAGAGGAAUUCAGGUGUUGUUUUAAAAGUUGGCAUUUUAGAGGGUGAAUAGGAAAAUGUCUUUGCAAAUUCUUGUAAUUUAUGUACAGUACAUUUUGUUGUGCUUGCUGAAGCUGAGGUGCACUUGGAUUUUCUA